CACAAAAGCGCUGUAUCCAAAUCAGUAACUUGAUUCCGCUCAAUGAAGCGGUGCACAAACGCAACACUCGGGUUGUGUGGUCCUGGAAGGAAGCAACUAAGACAUCACUUUUCAGAUUCAUCCAGUCCUUACAGAUGCCUUUCUGGAAUCUCAAUCUUACCAUUUGAUAUCAAGUGUCAGAUACUCUCACUAGUCGAAAUCAGCGACCUGGUAAAUCUUUGGGAAGUUUCCAAGGACUUUCAACUUACGAUUGAAAAGUACUGCAACAGUAGUCGGUGUCCACAGUUAUCACAGUUUUACGACCCACAUAAUCACGAACUACACUCAGCCUUCACCGUUACGUUGUACAAACACGCUGGAAAUCUGUUUCGUAGAAUCUAUCAGCCUCAACCGCUUUGCCGUACACUCCAGUUUUUAGAGUGUAGUUUACGUAGACAUAUGCCGAAUCUAGAAAAGUCUUCCAGGACUAGUCAGAAUCUACAGGAACCAGACUAUUAUCCAAGCAUCUGUCCCAUAGGUCCUUUAAAAUGUUUGGCCUUACUUUUUUAUGGCGUUUUCUUGAAAGAAUUUAUUUUUGGAUGGCCAGAACAAAAUAUUCAGCGGGUUUUUCACACUCUUGUGCAUGUAUGCUUUAAUGAAAACUUCUGGUUUCGUCUAUCAAGUUUGAUCUGUCAGAGACCAGGUGUAGAUCCUCAAUCUGAACUGACGCUUCGCCUUUUCCUGAGAAAAACGUUUUUAGACCCUAAUGCGUUACCACAAAUGUAUGAUGAGAUCAACUCACCAUCGUCAUCCAUUUCCAAUACUAAGCAACGUUUAUCAUCGGAUAACUGUUCCUUAACUAUUCAGUAUGACGCACUUCAAAAUCUACAUCCAUCUGAAGCCCAUUCAAAGACUUCUUGGACCCAUGAAACAAUCACUUAUCAUGUAUCACCUAGAUAUCCCUCUGAUAAUUCCUUACUGACUUCAGUCUCCUCAUCUAGCAAUUAUAGUAACAAUGGAUUUUCAUCGGAUGAUUUAUUAACAGUCACACAAUUGCCGCGUGGUGUUGCAGGAUCUUCGUUGUCAUCACUUCCAACCUUGGUCACGCAGAAUUUACCAGCUUCUUCAAGUAAACUGACAAAUAAUUAUUUCUGGCCAGCUUCAAACACUUUGAUGAAGAUUCUCCAUUCUUAUUCGUACACUCAUCAAGCUAGAAUUUUAUUUAUUUUGUAUGGACCAUUACAUAGAGGGAAUCUGAUGUGGCGUACAAUGUGUGAAAAUACAGCUGCUGAUUCUCAACAAUUAUCUGCCUGUUUUGGAGAGCUUGGAAGUGUCCUGUCAAAUAUGUUUCAUUCUGGUUUAUGGACACCUGAUGAUAUCAUCAAUAUAAUUGAUCAAAUUACAACAACACCCGAAGAUUGGUUAGCAGAAAAUGUUGCGUGUCUAUUGCAUACAUCGGGACCAGAAAUAGCGUUACUUUCUGUGACGAAUAAAGCCCGCAGUGGAAAAACUGCUGAAGUUGCUGUCACUCUCACUUCAUUAUGCUUAGUUCAGAAAAUCUAAAACCUAAAAUUAUCUAAAGAACUAAACCGUUUUGAGAACUACAAAGUGUCCUUCUUGCAAUUUAAAUAUUGAUUGUGGAAACUGAAAUGAUCAGUGACUGCAUUAGGGUAGUGAAGGUUAGGUAUUUCGUCCAAAAAAAUAGGGUUUCAAACAGUACUAUUCUUCCACUUUUUGCUCUGGAGGGUCAUGUCGAUAAACAAAAGGAAAUAUGGGAAGCCUUAUACGUAGAUACUGUUUCCAUGGGGUAUCGACUCAAAAUUCAGGAUUGAUGAUGAACUUCAGCUGUUUCAGACAAUAUCUUUAUGUAUUACAACAGAAGCGUAUUGUUACAAUUUUAUAUCGGUGUCCUUCUAUAGACAUAAAGGAAAAGUGAAUGGGCUGCAGCUUUAAAUCUGUUAGACAUUUAAAUACACUACACCAUAUAUAGCCCAUUCAUAUCUACACAAUAAUUAUUAUAAUAAUCCAUAAUAUUUCAAUCUAUGGUUAGGUGAAAAUUCGUGCAAAAUUAACAGAACUAAUUAAUCUUGUCAGUGCUACAUUUCAAGCCACAAAAGAAAAAGAUCGAACUGCUUUUCUAGAUCAGUUAGCUCGAUCUUUUCAAGAUGUUAUAGUCGAUCUGUAUGAGACUGAUGAACUAGGUGAGUUAAUAAAUUUUCUGUUUUAUUUUGUUUUAAUCGGGUUUGUAUUAGCUUUUAUAAAGUUUAUUUGGUAACUUUGAAAGCAUACCUCUCGUAUUAAAAUCCAUCAUUUGUAGCCUUCCAUUUAUUUCAUAUUCAUAAAUUCGAUUAUACCAAUUUGUUACUGAUUCAUUAAACAAAUUAAAAAAGAACUCAUUUUUCCAAUAGUUUUUAAUAGUUCAGCAUUUUUUUCCUAAAGUUAUUUUCGCAAUGACUUCAAGAAAUUAAUUCUAUUGAUGUAAGCACCUACAUUUUGUGCAGAAAGAGACAAUUAUAUCAAAAAAUUCAUGUACAUAUUGCUUUUUUUUUCUAAAUAAACUGUAGAUUUUGAAAUUUCUAGCAUGUUGAACACUUAAAACUUGUCUUAGUAACCUGAAACUUUAAGGGUUAAUUAGCUUUCAUAGAAGAUUCAACAGUAAAUCUAAGCUGACAAUCGCAAGCUAUUGCUAAGUUUAUUGAAGCUUUAAAGUACUUAGUUUCUGCAAUGCUGAUCGCUUUUGAUGUUCAGAUUAGUCUGGUCAUAAAGGAUUUCAUAGAAGUAGUCUCUUUAUUGUAUAACGUUACACUAAGAUAUAUCUGAUAACAUCAACUAUAUGUAGUUCAUUUCAUUACAUGACUACAUAUGAUGUUGACAAUUAUGAACUAGAGUAAUGUUAUUGAUAUAUAUAGUUGUAGUAUUUUCUAAAUGAUAUUUGCGUUUCAUUUCCCACCUUAAUUAUUUCAAAUAAUGUAGUCAAGUCUCACGUAACCACAAAUGGAAUACUAACAAUUACUGGUUCACCUACAAGUUAAAGGGUAUAUCUAUAGUUCAAAUUAUAUCGUCAUUGCCACUAUUUUGUAAAAUUUGAAAAUGAAUCUAUUUCUCUGUAUAUUCAGCGAUUUUAUUCGUUAAAAACUAAACGCCAUAUACAUAUCGCCUUUUUGACAUCCCACAUUUCUCUUUCAGAAGAACGAGUCGAAGACUUUUCCACCAUACUAAGAGCACAAGCAGAGUUCAUGCGUGCGCUUAUGGCACAUAUAUACGAGGAGUGAUAUAUAAAUAUCCACUUGGCAAAUUUGAUUUUACUGCGGUUCUUUCACUAGAUUUGGUUUUUUUUAUCGUUUAUUUUUGUUUCGAUGAUAAUGUCAUUAAUUUCCUUUCUGUUGUUUUAGAAUUAUGAUUGAUAGUUCAAACCCAAAUUUUUCAUUGUUCGCUUUUUCGUACUUGUUUUUUAACAGAUGUUGACUAAUUAUUUUUUAAUUUAUUUUGAAAUCUUUUACCUGGUAUUGUACACGUGUUACGAACGGUUCGGUUUUUUUAUUAGGAAACACUUCUAGUUAUCAAGAAUUCUUAUUUAAUAUAAUGGAAUAUGUUUAAGACAGUA